CGGGAUAAAAGCAGACACCUGCCCUGGCUGCCCGGGCACCAGCGCUGCCGGGAUUUCCCACACGGACGCCUCAGACAAGGUGGUGGAACGUCCAUUGUCACAGCUCCUCUCUGCAGGGGCGAGAGGUGACUCCUCCACUUCCACCUCUGCUAGCUGAAGGACAGAUUUACGCGGCAAGAAAGUUAGGCAUGACUUGACACAGCCUGUGUGUGGGGGUGACUGUGCUCAGGUGCUUGCUGAUGUCCGCUGCCUCAAGGGCUUCCACGCAGCUGGGUUACAGGUUCCUUCCCUCCAUGCUCAUCCCCCUGAGCGAGCUACACUCCGUGUUCCCUCAGCGUGGAGAUUAUAAAGCUGUGAACUGGGAAUUUUCUCCUGAAACGAAAGUGUCUUUACAUGAAGUAUAAAGUCACAGAGAUGAUUCUGCUGUUGAUCAGCCUCUUCACAACAAGAAUGCUUGUAAAAGAGGUUUGAUAAAAUUCAGUAGACUCUGAAGUCACUGUGUAUGUUGAACGGAAUUAAAAAAGGAUGGAAUUAACUUACAGCUUGUCUUAUUUUCAUGUUGUGACACUAAUUACACAUGGAAGAGGAAAGUGUUUGGGAAAUUUGGAAAAUUAUCAGGGAAGAGGGAUCAACGGAUAUGACAAGACAGAUGCCUGAAUCUCUACCUGCUGAGAACUUCAUCCUCCACUCUAGAUUGUUUUUCUCUUGGUCUGUUUCCCUCCUCCCAUUCACUGACUGCUGCUUCAUCUCCCGGGGCAUUGAGAAACCUUUGAUCGAGCACUCACAAGUCAUCAGAGGUGGUGAUUGUAAGACAGUUUUUAGAAAAGGGCUGAGGAGUUACACAGAUGAAAUGGGCCAUUGUGGACAUCCUUGCUGACCUCAUGCUCCAGAAUUGAUCUCCAAAUAUCCAUGCAUCGAGGUUUACAACGUGCAACCAGACUGUCAAAAGUAUUGUCAGAACUUGUGGACACAGGAGGUUGAAAGCGUGAGGACCUAAGAUGGAUUAUGUGGAGGACUAGUGAAAUACACAACUUUCCUGGUGAAAUGCUAUUUCCUCUGCAAAGAAGGGGCUUCGCUGAGCAGAGAAUAAGGGAACAAACAACAGUUGGAAAAAGUUAUCUCUGACGUUUAACAAAAUGUUGAAGUAUCACAAAAAUGACAUGAAGUCUUGGAAAGAGAGCAACAAUAAGAGAAAUGGAACCAAGAAUCAACUCGCUGCCAACGGCUGUAAUACAAUAUCUCAGCAUUUCAAGGGUAAAUCAGUGUGAACUGCGUUUGCCGUCCCUCUGAAAAAGUACGACGAGCAGCUAAGCAAUGUGCACUGCCCUGAGCCCAAAGGCCCGGGGGCCUGGCCUCUCCGACAUGCACCAGUACAGUCAGUGGCUGGCGAGCAGACACGAGGCCAACCUGCUGCCGAUGAAAGAGGAUUUGGCCCUGUGGCUCACCAACCUGCUGGGUAGAGAAAUAACAGCAGAAACCUUUAUGGAGAAAUUGGAUAAUGGUGCCUUGCUUUGCCGGUUAGCUGAGACCCUGCAGGAGAAAUUUAAGGAAAACAGCUUUGAUGCAAACAAGCCUGGCAAAACCUUACCAGUUCGGAAAAUUCCAUGCAAAGCCAAUGCUCCUUCAGGGUCUUUUUUUGCACGGGACAACACGGCAAAUUUCUUAUCCUGGUGCAGAGAUGUAGGUGUGGAUGAUACCUGCCUGUUUGAAUCAGAAGGUUUGGUACUCCACAAGCAGCCAAGAGAAGUGUGCCUUUGUUUGCUGGAACUGGGAAGAAUUGCAGCAAGGUUUGGAGUGGAACCUCCUGGAUUAAUAAAACUGGAAAAAGAGAUUGAACAAGAGGAAACACUUUCAGCUCCCCUUCCAUCUCCUUCACCGUCACCCACAAAGUCUCCUGGGAAAAAGAGCACAGGGAAACUGUUGGAUGAUGCUGUUAAACACAUUUCUGAAGAUCCACCUUGUAAAUGCCCUACUAAGUUCUGUGUGGAGCGUCUUUCACAGGGAAGAUACAGAGUUGGAGAGAAGAUCCUUUUUAUUAGGAUGCUGCACAACAAACACGUGAUGGUUCGUGUCGGAGGGGGCUGGGAGACUUUUGCAGGUUACUUACUGAAGCACGACCCGUGCCGAAUGCUGCAGAUCUCCCGAGUAGAUGGGAAAACUUCUCCAGUCCAGAGCAAGUCUCCAAACCUCAGGGACAUGAAUCCGGACAAUUACCUGGUUGUUUCUGCCCAUUACAAAACCAAGAAGGAGAUUAAAUGAAAUAAGCUUCUCGUGCGAGUGGGACUUCAUGUACGUAGGUCAAAAUUAUUCUCCCGCGUGUAGUGAAUUUAGUUAAUUCUUUAAAAGGACUUUGGAAAAUUCAACACAGACUGGAAAUGACACCCCAUUUUGAAGAUCUUUGAAUUUAGAACUAUUUAUUUCUAGUACUGUAUCUUUUAUAGCAAAUUACCCUCGAUAGGCUAAUUACUACAAUCAGAUAAUAAAUAGACAUAUAUUUUUAGCCGAAUUAUUACUCUUUAAUAUGUGAAUGUAUACUUAGAGCUACGUAAAGGAGCGGAUCCUGUUAAUGGAAGAAAAUACACAACGAAAUAUAUUUGUACGAAAAUCUUAUUGCUUUGAAUCCCUGACCGUUAGGCUAGUCGAAAUAUAUAUAUAUGCAGGUGGCAAAUGGCUAUUUGGGGAAAUUAUUUGGGGAAAUGAAAUAAAAAAUUGACAAUUCGUAUGUUUUGCAAUAUUUUCUCCAUUGGUAGAACAUAAUGGCUUAUUGCAUGCUGAACACCUUCUCAAAGCCGUUACUUAAAAGAAGAAGCCCAAGCCAGCCCUUCACAGGGUGUUACUGUUGACAGCAGAGGGCCAUGCUGAGGGUCCCGGCUGUUUCUCACGAAGCUGCCCGGGACAGAAGCGUGCGGAAGCGGGAGGUCCCCUCGCUGUGUCCCCCGGGGGGAGGCAGGGACGGGCGCACAGCUCAGAGCCCGGGAGGAGCUUCAGGAGAGGCGCCUCCAUCCCUCUGGAGUCACACGACGUGGCACAAAACGGGGCGCAGGAGCUUUUCCUUCCCCUUCUUUUUAAUGCUGACGGUCGUGUCAAAUGUGAAAUAUGCGUUACCCUGUAAAUAGAGUGAUUCGCUUUCUCCUAAGUCGUUUGCGCACCUCUAAUAUAGCUAAAGGUGUACGUGGGCUUAGUUCAUUAUAUUGGCUACUUUUCUGUGUUUAUAUUUGGUAAAUUAUGUGCCUUGUAACGU